UCCUGAAGUGAAAUCCUCUUAGGAUCUAUGCUCUAUUUCUGUUUGGUCUUUUAAAAUCUCCCUAAGACCAAUUUCAUUGGCUGGAAGUGACACACGCACACACACAAAAACACACACCAUCCAGCAACAGAUGAAGUGAUUGAGUGUAGACCAGAGAAAGGUUAGCUAUUAACACAAAGAAAGGACUUCACUGUGACUGUGGGAGGUAGAAAACCAGAAAAAUGUCUGACAGAAUGAUUGAUUUGGAAGAGACUGCAACCCAAACAGGUCCAAAAGGAGUCAUCAAUGACUGGAGGAGGUUUAAGCUGGAAAGUAUGGAUCAGGAAAACCUGCCACCUGCAAAAAAGGAACUGCUGAGACAAAUGUCAUCCCCGAGCAAGCCAAAAGAUGACACCAGAUCAAACCUUAACCGCAAGAUGAGUGUCCAAGAGUAUGAACUGCUUAAGGAGGAGGAUGAGGGAUGUCUAAAGAAAUACAGAAAGCGGUGCAUGCAGGAGAUGCAUGAUAAACUCAGCUUUGGGCCCAGGUUUGAAGGUGUGCAUGACCUGGACAGUGGAGAGGCCUUCCUCGAAGUCAUAGAGAAGGAACAUUACAGCACAGUGGUGGUUGUCCACAUAUACAAAGUUGGAGUCAAAGGUUGUGAAGAACUCAACAACUGCCUUGACUGCCUGGCCACUGAGUAUCCCACUGUAAAGUUCUGCAGGAUUGAUGCUGUCACGUCCGGUGCUUCCGAGCGGUUCUCAGACGAGGUUUUGCCUACGGUGCUGGUGUACAAGGCUGGAGAACUACUAGGAAACUUCCUGGCCUGCACGCAGCACCUAAACGAGGAGUUCUUUGCCACUGAUGUAGAGGCCUUCCUCAACAGCUAUGGCCUGCUGCCAGAGAAGGAGCUGGCCAGUAUGGAAGAUGAAGAAGAAAACGAUGUAGAGUAAACAAAGAGUUUGCCUGCUGAGGAAGAAAGGAAGCUGUCUCGGAGGGCUGAAUAGAGAGAAAUGAAAGACCAUUUAUGACAUCAGACAAGUUGUUCUUUUGUAAAGAAUAGUUAUAUAAAAAAAUGUAACAUCUCCACUAGUUCACUAGUGUUUGAGGAUACAUGUUACAUCUAAGUUGUAAAGAAACCCUGAUGUCCCAUAUAUGGGUGUUCUCAAAUAUGAGUGUGCAGUAAAGUGAGAAGAUAGACCGACGCUUUUUGAAAAUAUGUCACAAUUUCCCUCUCCACCACCCAAAGAAAAGCCAAACCAGCUAACUGUAAUUUAAAUAAUUGCAAUUUUUUUUGUAACAAUAGACAAUAUUACAUGCUGUAUGUAUAGUACAUG